AUGACUUCACCAUUACCGAAAAAGCAGAGAACAUCGGAGGUCUCCGAGCAGCAGCAACAAAUUUCUCAGGAGGAACACGUUCUCGAGCAGCAACAGCACCAGAUUUCUCAGGAGGAGCAUGUUCUCGAGCAGCAGCAGCAACAAGAACAUGAAAUGGAUCUUUCUUGUUAUGAGGAGGAUAUGCAGCGUGAGCUUGUUUCUGCUGCCGAUAUGGAUCUUGCUUGUUAUGAGGAGGAUAUGAAACAUGAGCUUGGUGCUACUGAGGCACAAGACCUUAUUGCUGCAUAUAUCAUACUAAUGACUAAACAAUUGCCUCCAAUUGAUACAAAAAAUAUCAAUCAAGCCAUUAGGGUCAAAAUCAUUGAGACUAUGCUUUCUUCAGAAAUGGCGAUCCAAUACCCUCAUGCUACACAUUUAGGGGUUGACAUAUAUGAUAGAUACUUUGGAUCUUUUCCCCCUAAUGGCCAGCCUCCUCUAAAACCAGAAACUGUCAUCUCCAUUGCUUUGUUCAUAGCUGUCAAAUACGUGUAUGGCAUCACUAAACCCUUGACAUUCCAAUUCCACAUUAGGAAUGUGGAGAGUGAGUUAGAAAUUCUUCAGUCUUUUCAGUACAAGCUCUAUCACCCUACCACCAAAGACUUUGUUGAUAUCUUUCUCACUAUUGACAAAACCACCCAUGAGGAAAUGAAAAAGGAGCUGCUCUACAUAACCGAUCUAUCUCUACUUGAUGUACAAUGCUCUGGUUUUUUGCCAAGUUUGAUGGCUGGGGCAUGUGUCUUUUUAGCUAUGUUCGUAGUGAAUCCUACGAAAUGUCCUCAGAUGGAGUUACCGUUUGACUACAUUGGUAAUCUCAAAAUACCAGUUCAGAUUCUCCAUCAACUCUACACGGAAAAAGCUUUGACUCCAGUCCUGUCUAUUCCAGAUUACUACUUUGGCUGA